CUGGCAGUGUCAUCUGACUUCUGGACCUUCAGUAAGUAAUGAGAGGAAGAAUGCCUAAUGCCAUCUGUUAAUUUCAAAUGGAUCCAGACUUGCAGGAGGCCUUCAGUGAUGUUGAGAGCUCCGUAUACAGAACAGCCCUAAAGCUACGCUCAGUACAAAGUCUUUGCCAGCUGGAUUUGAUUGACGUUUCUCUGAUUCAGCGCAUCCUAUCAAGUGAACAAAGCCAGAGGGAAGAGCGGAUUUCUCUGAACAGGCAGCAAAUCUCUAGAAUGCUGAUGAAGCUCUUCCAAAGGGCAAGGUCAGAAAAACCAGGCCAGGUAGAUCCAAGAGCUGCUGAAUUCACAUUGGGCCUGCUGAUUGCCAUGUAUGACAGAUCUGGAACAGGGUAUGUCAGAACUAGAUCUGCUGCAGCUGCCCUAAUUUCCCUUUCAGGAGAUACUCUACUGGCUAAAUACAGAGCUUUCUUCCAGUUUUAUGCUGUCCCUGAUGGGAAGGAGACCUUGAUUACCCAAAGUGCCCUGAGAAGCCUUCUAACAGACUUAAAUCAGGUCCCAGCCAUUGUGGGAGAAGGCUGCACUCUGUCUUGUGUGGAAAUUGCGAUUCAUGACUGUUUCCAUGGGGUUCUGAAUGCAGCUAUUGUUGAAGAAAAAUUCCUGUGUUGGCUGAGAUCAGAGCCUGCUGUCCUCCUGUGGCUCCCUACAUGUUACAGAUUAUCAGCCACGGAAAUGGUUUCUCACCAAGCUAGAUGCAGAAUCUGCAAAGUUUUCCCCAUUACAGGCAUCAGGUAUCGCUGUUUAAAGUGCCUCAAUUUUGACCUUUGCCAAGCUUGCUUUUUCACUGGCCGUCUCUGCAAACCACAUAAGAGAUCACAUCCUGUUGUGGAACACUGUGUGCAGAUGUCAGCAAAAGCGAACGCGAAGCACUUUGUCCGCACCAUCAGGAACAACCUGUUCCAAGAGCACUGGAGAAGAAAAGAGGCUCAGAGAAGGACGGCUCUGGAGUCAGUGCAGGAGAGGCACUUCCCUGCUCACAAAAAGACUUCUCCUCCUGUGGAAUUCAGUGCUUCACCACUACUUGGUCCUGAGAAUGUGUCUUUCCCAGUGGACAACUGUGUCCCAGAGUCACCCAGGUUCAUACCUGAAAACAGGACUGUAAUGCAGAAGAGUGAGAAUAACAAGAUGACACCAGAGCAAGGCAAGACAAUAGCUCAGGCAAUAGCCUCUUUUGAAGCAGAUGUGUUAAAAAUGCAUGAAUCCAUUAAAAGCAUUCACAGUGACAGCAGGUACAUGAAAAAGCAGUUCAACAAAUGGAAGGACAAAAUGCAAUUUCUUCAUAACUGCCAGGAAGAAAAAAGCUGCAAAAUAGAGGCAAAACUGCAAAGCCUGAGAGUAAGCCAUAAAAACCUGCAAAUGACACUGCAGCACAUGAAGGAAGAAGUAAAGACCAUGUUGCAGUCAUCAGAGCAUCCUUUUGCACAGUGUCAUAAUACAAUGCCAAGAAAUCCACAUGUUCUGUUGGAAAGGAGAAUGCAGAGUGAAUUAAAUCCUGCCCAAAUAAGGCCUAUUUUCAGAACAUGUGCAGAAUGGAAAUCUUUGAAUCCCCCAAACUCUGUGAAUAGAAUGCAGCUUUUACAGACACCUGAGGUUCCCACUGAAGUGGGCUUCACAUUCUCAGAUGACCCACUGGAGUCAGUGUCCCUGCAGAAUGACAAACCGUUUAUGGGACAGCAUAAACAAGCAAAAGAGAAACAAACAUAUCUGCCUAAACUGGCAGAAAACUCUCUUGGUGGAAUGGGGAAUACAGUUCUUAUUCCCACUGCAAUGCAGAUACCACCUGAUGAGAAGGAAGUGAGAAAGGAAUUGGAACUGCUAAUGAUGAAACUGAAGGACACGUUGUCUCUCCAGACUCAACCAGCCCAACAAACUGCUUUGCACCAGGAGUUCUUCUCUACAGCUGAGCAUGUUUGCAGGUCCUUUUCUGACCUCAUCCACCAGGUAAUUUCACCAGCUUGUAAGUGAUGGAAGCUACCAUUCACCUUACAACUUCACUGAACUACUUAAAGGUUGGAUUUGAUACUUUUCACCAUGAAAAGAGCCUGUUUGCUGGCAAACUCUUCAGCAGGUAACAGAACACAUGCAUGGAAGUCACUAAGAGUGCAUGUCAGCAGCACUGUGCCUGUAUUAUGAAUAACAAAAUCAGUGUUGUAUUGUGAUGCCUGUAUUAAGGAAAUCUGGAGGAAAUUCUUCAUCCCCUAUUUUUAUCUUCUUCUGCAGAAGAUGAACUACAGGAGAAAAUAUAUUCACCACGGAAGACAUUAGUUACUCCAUCCUCACAGCAUGUCAUGCUGCUGGGAGACAGCUUAAGAUCUUUCCCUAUGCUGCACAGGGGAGCACACAUUUCCUCCUCUUUGCUUACAAUGCCAUGAAGUAAAAUAAUCCUUGCUCAAGGCUGAAGUCGUGCCUAGUGAUGCAAGUGGAAUUUCCUCUCAAAAUGCUUUGUGUCUCAGAACAAUUCAUUACCGCUCUAAAGAAGAAGACCUUCCAUUAAUAAAUCAUCACGGCAGCCACAUGUGUGAAUAAAUUUACUAACUGGAACACUCUUGUGGCAACACACAAUCCUGUCAGCUCUGCCCUCUCCUGAUCGUAACUGGAAAAGCAGCACAUUACACACCUGAUUAGCAAAGCUAAGUGCCCUUAAGGGCUCAUCUAAAGACACUCCACAUGUGACACUGUCUCCAGGCUGCAAAGACAUUCAAAUAUCAUUAUAGAUAUCUAUCCACAUGACCAUGGUAUAUACUACACCUAUGAAAAACAGG